ACCCAGUCAGUUGACAGCACUGCAAAACACGACUGUUGAUCAGGAAAAGAAAGAAAGAAAAGACAGGAGCCAUGGACCAUCGGGUGGACAGAGUGGGCCUGUUGUCUCCUCUGGAGGAAUCCAGUGCGGAGAUCAGCAGGGAUAGCGGCAUCGUGUCCCAGAGCGCCAGCAGCCUGUCCAUGCUCAGCGAGCUCUCCAGCAGUGGCACCGUGUCCCAGAGCCCCAGCUUCGGAGCAGCCGCCGCGGCUAAUGUUGUUUCCAGGAGCCCGAGCCUGAACCGGGCAGCGACAGAGGACGGGCCUGCCGACCCGCUGCACCAUCCGGAGCAAGACGAGGAAGUCCUGAGACAAACUGCGCUCCAGUACUCCUCCUACAUCAGAGCCACGGCAGGAGAAGAGAUUCUGUGCCUGGAGAAAAGCUUGGAGGAAAUGCUGACAAGAGUUGACGAGUUUGUCGGGAUGCUUGAUAUGAUUCGCAAUGAUACCUCCCAAAUCGUGAAUGAAAAUCUACCAAAAAUACAACACAAAGCCGAUGAGAUGAGGCAAAUAUACAGAAGAAUUGAUAAGUUGGAGGCCUUUGUUAAGAUGGUUGGUGCAAACGUCAGUGCAAUGGAGGAGCAGGUCACGCAGGCAGAGGCAGAACUCGGAACGCUACCGAGUGCUUUCAAGAAGAUCCUUCGAACUAUGACUGCCCCAGGUUUCCUAAAUAAGCAGGCCAGCCCACGAAGACCAGCCCCACAUCAACGCCAAGAGGUCCCCAGCGUGUUCCGAACUGAUGACUAUUUCUCCUCACAGCCAGACCAGUGACAGAACUGUCCAAUCAAAGCCUGGUUCUAACCUCAGAGGCCUGUUAUGUGAAACUAUACUGACAACUGCCAUCCCUCUGAGGAGGAUCUAUCAGUGCAAGUGGCCUCAAGAAGCAAUAGUAGCUUUUCCUGAACACCUCACAGGAAGUCGUACUGCAAUUUACCACAGCUUUAGGUCAUUUUGUUUGAGGCAGCGACAAACACUGAACUGUAGCAACAUAUUUUUUUUUAUAAGUGCCUACAGGGGUCUGAUGUGUUCCAGGUUUGUGAAGAAAAUACGAUAAGAUGGUUCAACUUUAACAAGACAGGAGGAGAGAGGGUAUCCUCCUUGUUUAAUGGUAAAGACGGUACAUACGAUCAAAAGGACAGAAAUUGAUCCCAGCCUCUUUUUCUACAAAAGAAAAAAAAACGUUACUGGUGUUUGUACAGAUCUGCACGCUGAACUAAUCUGUAUUUAUUUAGGACUAAUGGCCUGUCCCUCAGCAAUACUGCUGUUACCCAAUUAAGCAUUUAAUGUCUUCCAUUUCAAAAUAUCUGCUUUGUUUCUAGCCUUAUCUACCUGGCUGUGGAUAAUAGUUGCUUCACUGACAUGGGGCUACAACUUUAAUAGCACCUUUUUUUAUAGAUCAAAGCACAGGCGCAAGGACAAGUGGUUGGUUUUACGUUCUUUUGCCACACUUGUAACUAAAGGCUUUGUGCCACUAACUGUGAUUUAUCACUACAGGAAAGUUUUAUUUCAUCUCAGCAUGAUAUGAUGUGCCCAUUAUAUUUAAUAAAUAUAUAUAUAAUUUUUUUUUUGCCAAAAUAGUUGGUGCAGGUCUCCUUUUUACAUGUUGACUUUGGUUUAAUUUUUUUAAUAACCAAUAAAAUG